GCUGGGGCGGGGGCAGGGAGGGGCUUGUGCGGAAUUACACAGGAAAUGUUGGGCGUGAGCUGGUCGUUAUCGUGAGAGGGAAAUAAGCACAGAGAAACAGAGCUAUUCGAAGAACAGAAGGUCUGAAUCCUCUCAAGGGUAAAGUGGUCAGGGUCAUUCCGCGCUUAGGAACCUACGAAUCGCUAUAUUCGGCUGAAACAAGCAUGUCCUCGUGCGCAAAUGGUUGGAAUUGGGGAUGAAACAUGACGAAGAUAUAAGUAUCAGAUCUGCCCCCUGGAUAAGGAGCAGGAUGAGCUUUUUCUCUCAUCCCUUUGCCAUCCCUCGAGUGAGCUAUUCCAGUGUACACCUCGCCUCCCCAAGAAUAUCAACAUGAUGCGUCCUACGGUCCUCAGCUUGGGUCUGGCCACGAUGGCUGCCGCUGCCCCUUUCGCCGUCCCGUUGAACGAGACGCGGGCAGCAGCAGUUACCUGCGUCUCUGGGUUGUACAUGAUAGCUGCUCGCGGGUCGAACGAGGACCCGGGGGAGGGACCCCUAGUCCAGAUCACCGAUGCCGUCAAGACCCUCGUCCCAGGUUCCGCCAGCAUCGCCGUAGACUACCCGGCGGCCAUCUACGAUGAUGGAACGUACCCUGUCUCUGUGUACAGGGGUAUUGACGACACUAUCGAGAAGAUCCAGGACUACGUGGCUGCUUGCGGCGCAUCAAGCCGCAUUGUGCUGCUGGGUUACAGUCAGGGAGGCAACGUCAUGACUGACACCCUCGCUGGCGGCGUGCUGAAGCCCGAUCCGAUCACUGAGGACUACAGAAGCUACAUCAAAGCCGUCGUUACCUUUGGCGACCCUACAUUUACCGCCGGGGUUUCCCCCAUAGAUGUAGGCACGGCUACUAAGAAUGGUAUCUUCUCUCGAGGUGGUGACAGCCUCGAGUUGUUGAGGACCUACAGCAGCGUUCUGCGAAUGUUUUGUCUCGAUCACGAUACCUUCUGCGCUACCGGCAGCUCAUUGGAUGUCCAUUAUUCUGAGGUGCCUACCUUUGCCCAGGCUGCUACCGACUUUAUCGUUUCGAUGGCUUAAGGGGAGAUGGCAAUCUGGUAGUUAAUCAUGAAAUUUGGUUGUGUGAUGUAAUGAGGGACAUGUUACUAUGACCUGGAAGCGCGGUGUCUCUUGUAUAUACUUUGAACAACUUCUUCAUAUGAUGGGAUUUGGUUGUUCAAUGGCUUGGGAUGUUAUAUCGGAUGAUUUAUUGAGAAUAUGAUUAUAAAAGUAUGAUUAUUAUGAGCGGAGCUGAAUGUGCAGUUAUUGGGCCGUUACAGCUACCGGUCGUCUGGUUAUACAGUUUAGGUACGACUACUAGAAUGGAGUUCAACAAAGGGUGGUAAAUCAUGCUCAUAGUAUGAGGGCCUCACGGUCUAAUUAGGUUGUAAUGCAAAGGUAGCU